AUGGGUAACACGAUAUCCAUCGCGCGGAAGGGGUUGUGGGGGUUUCAUGAAGAACCACGCAUCAAGAGGAGAUGUGUUCGGCGGAACCCACCUCCGAGCACAGGCACCUCGACGGGGGGUGGUAACGGCUCAGGGGGCGGGACAGGAAGCGGGAGUGGAAGCGGAACCAGCACCGGAGGCGGCGGCGGCAAUGGCGGCGGCAAUAGGAGUGGGAGUGGGAGUGGGAGCAGUGGUGGAAGCGGGAGCGAUAGCGGUAGCGGUAGUGGAAGCGGGCGCGGUGGUGAUAGUAGAAGCGGAACAAGUCAAAGCGGCGGUGGAAGCAGUAGGGAGCAUGGCGACGAGGGCAAUACUGGCGGCAAGGGAGGCACUGGAAGCGAAACAAGUCAUGACAAAGGAAGCGGGGACAAUGAGGGGAAUGGCGAUGACGAAGGAAGUGGGCGUCAUAAUGAGCUGGAAUCUCUCGGCGGAUCAGGGACGUCGCCGUCACAAGCUUCAAGCAAGAAGUUCUUCCAGGCAGUAGCAGGCUCGACAGGUGGGGCAAACUCGACCGAUCCCUCCAACACAGCAACUCCGACCGAUGAGUAUGGGUCGCCCCUUCCGAACCCAACAUCGUUGCCUCCAGGAUCGGACAGCUCGGACAGUUCUGACGGAACAGUUGUCGGAGGGGGACGGCCGUCCACCGGUGUCAUUAUCGCAAUUGUUGGCGGCGUCCUUGCCGGGCUGGCUGUUCUCCUCGUCCUCGCAUGGCUGGGUCAUCGAGCAUGGAAACGCCGUGAAGAGAAACGGUUGAUGACCACGGAAAAAUCAGCAAUUCCGCCGCUCUUUUCGUCCGAAUCAUUUCUUGCCCCUCCUCCUCUUCCGACUCCUGGCACCGCGGUACACAAUACAUCAACUCUGGUCUUUCGAGAGAAGGGGCUGACGAAACCGCCCACACACCCGUUCACGUCAAUCCACGAAGCCGAUAGUUCCACAGCUGUGCACGAAAUGCCCUCCCCGAUGCCACAAACAAUCGGCAACCGACACGAGCUGGCAACACCAGACAUCUUGGAGAUUCCAGACUUUGGCGAUAUUGAUCUCGACAUGACAGACCACGAGGACGAUGGUGAUGAUCUGGGAAUCAGAAGGCCGACUUCUAUGCUAUGA